AUGCCUCUGUAUCUACCCCACAAGAAAAGAACGAUGGCGCAAAGCAUUAACAACACUGGGACGAGCAAGCCGAGGAACCAACUCUUAGUCGUUUGGGCCCAACCAAAGAUUGUGACCGAGACCAUCGCGACCGCCGUGGCAGUGAGCUUAUACCGCUUGUGGAGUUUCUUGACCGCCUUCCUCCCUGACUCGGUUUCGGAAUCAAACUGGUCCGCUCCGAACCCAACAUUGCACGACCGGAUCCCGCCCGACCCGACCACGAGGGGGCCGAAGCAGAGGACUAGAAACGGGAACUGGCCUGCCGUCGCAUGA